UGUCGCACUAGUCGGUCAAGUUAGGUUGUAAACACCUAACUUUACGACUCAGUGCUGCUAGGUGCCUAUUAUCGCAUUUCUCGUCUAUACACGAGGCAGGUGUACUUGUGUGUGAGAGAUGUUCAUAUAACCUAUUUAUUCCGAAAAUAAGUCACUGUACAUAUAUAAUAUAAUUAUGUCUCAGGAAGAGGACUUGGAUGUAAAUAAAGCUUUUGAGAACUUAUUAUUUGCAGAAGAAAUCGCACAAAAAUCAGCCUACAAAGAAGGCUAUCAAAGUGGCAAAAAACAAUUGUUAAAGGGAUAUCAUCUUGGAUAUCAUAGAGCUAGUAUAAUUGCUGCUCAAUUAGGGUAUUACAGUGGAGUCUUGGAGCAAUAUCUACAGAAUAAUGACAAUACUUGUAAGAAAGCGGUAGCAAUAGCCAAAACACUUUUGGAAGAUAUACGUAGUACUUUUCCUGGACAUCAAGACGAUAACUUGGACAUCUUGAAAGCUCUAGAAGACAUCAAGUUCAAAUAUGCUAAAUUCUGUUCAUUAGCAAAAAUUAAUCCACUGUAUCCUGAAGCAGAUAAACUCGAGUUUUGAUAUAAUAACAAUGGCAGAAUAUAGUAGUCACUUUGAAAAAG